AUGGGGAGUUACAAUUAUUACAGAAUGUUUGGAUGCUUCAACCGGAAGUUCAAAAUCAGCGAGUGGCAGCCGCCGCCGGAGGUCGGGGAGGCGUUCCGGCGGUAUGCGGAGGGGGCGGACCACAUGACGGCGGAUCAGUUGCUCAAGUUCUUGGUGGAGUACCAGCGGGAGGAGGAAGGCUGCUCCGCCGCCGACGCGGAGGCGAUCAUGCAAAAGGUCUUCCAGCGCCGCCACCAAACGAGCAGGCGCCGAGGCCUCACUCUUGACGACUUCUUCUACUUCCUCUUCCAAGAUGAUCUCAAUGGCCCUAUUAAUCCUCAGGUCCAUCAUGACAUGACUGCUCCAUUGCAACAUUAUUUCAUAUACACAGGACAUAAUUCCUACUUAACUGGAAAUCAACUGAGCAGUGACUGCAGUGAAAUUCCCAUCAUUAGAGCUCUGGAAAAUGGUGUUAGGGGCAUAGAGCUUGAUUUAUGGCCUAAUUCUGCAAAAGACAAUGUUCAUGUUCUUCAUGGAAGGACGCUGACUGCGCCGAUACCGCUCAUGAAAUGCUUGACGUCCAUCAGAGAUCACGCGUUCGUCAAAUCUCCCUACCCCGUCAUCAUUACUUUGGAGGAUCACCUCACUCCACAACUUCAGGCCAAAGUUGCAGGGAUGGUUACACAAGUAUUUGGAGAUAUGCUGUAUUACCCUGAGUCAGAAGGCCUGGAGGAAUUCCCUUCGCCCGAAGCCUUGAAGCAUAAGAUUAUACUCUCAACUAAACCUCCGAAAGAGUACCUUGCCUCAAGCUGUAACAAGGACGGAGAAACUAAGGAUUCAUCUGAGGACGAACAAUUACUGAGGGAGACAUCGGAUCCUAUUGCUGAAGCAGAGGCUGACGACAAGGUAAAUCAGAUUGGUAGUGAUCAGGACGAUGAAGAUUGUGAUGCUUCUCGACAAAAGUCAGGCACUCUGGCCGCACCAGAGUAUAAGCGUCUCAUAGCCAUUCGGGCCGGGAAUGCAAAAAAUGGCUUGAGACAUGCACUAAGAAACGGAGCGGAUAAAGUUAAUCGGCUUAGUUUGAGUGAACAGCGGCUUGAAAAGGCUGCAACACUGUAUGCAACAGACGUCAUAAGGUUCACUCAGAAGAGUAUUCUUAGGGUAUUUCCUAAGAGUACACGGGUAACGUCAUCGAAUUUUAAGCCGACUGGAGGUUGGAUGCAUGGAGCGCAGAUGGUGGCCUUUAAUAUGCAGGGGUAUGGAAAAUCGCUUUGGAUGAUGCAUGGACUGUUUAGAUCCAAUGGAGGAUGUGGUUAUGUGAAGAAACCUGAUUUGCUUAUGAUGGGAGGUCCAGACAAUGAGGUUUUUGAUCCCAAGUUAACAUUGCCUGUCAAGAAAACAUUGAAGGUAACUGUGUUCAUGGGAGACGGAUGGCGUUUGGAUUUCAGCCAUACACACUUUGACGCAUAUUCACCACCGGACUUCUAUACAAAGAUAUAUAUAGUCGGCGUACCAGCUGAUGCUGCUAAGAAGAAAACAAGGGUGAUAGAAGACGACUGGACUCCGUAUUGGGACGAAGAUUUCGCAUUCCCAUUAACGGUUCCGGAGCUGGCUUUGCUACGGAUUGAAGUAAGGGAACACAAUAGAUCAGAAAAGGAUGAUUUUGGAGGGCAGACAUGUUUGCCUGUGUCGGAAUUGAGACCUGGGAUACGGGCAGUGCCGUUGUACAAUAAAAAGGGUCAGAAGUUUAAGUCUGUGAGGCUUCUUAUGAGGUUUCAGUUUGAAUGAAACUGCAUCUUCCGUUGUCCUAAUUGUGGUCCUCCACUCCAUCUGUUGGAUACAGAUAUGUUUUGCUUUCUGAGUCCAUUUUUGGUUAAUGUUAGUUUUGCAUGCCUAGAUUCUUGUACAGUAAUUGCUGCAGUAUGUAAGGAACAA